GUUAACAGUAACAACAAUAACUAAGUUGUUACUUAAGUAUUUAGCUGUAUAUUGUAGUUUAUUUUACGUGGUAGAUUUAAGGUUUAUAAAGCUCUCUACACAGGUCCUACGUCUUUUGCGCUAGAUAUGUAUUGCAAUAACUGUGAGCUAUAGGCGUGCAUUUAAUAAAUAGCUUAAGUUAGUGUUCUGUCAAAAGUCCACUAUGAUCAAAACUAAAGUUUUUCGUCAAAUGGGAUGGGGUAGAGCAUUAGGAGUAUUAUUAGUGGUAUGGUUCAUUUUUAUCAUAAUAUCAUUUGGACUUCUGAAACAUGACAACGAUCCCCAAACAGCUCAAAGAAUUAAUCAAGCCUUGAAAGAACUUCAGCUGCUACAACAACAGAGAUCAGAAGUUAACCAACUUUUGGAAAUCUACAUCAAUGGGAAUCCAUCAAUGAAACAAGAUGAAAAGGAGGCCCUUUUCAAAUCAUACCAAGACAGACUGGCACGAGUUGCACAUUCAGAACUUGAAAAUGAGCAACCAAGUGAAUUCACACUCGGAAACAAAGAACAGCCCAGCUUAGAAUAUGAGAAGUUGCGACGUAGAUUGAAGUCCGAAGUUGAAGAACUGUGGUACUUUGUGAGUGCUCAAGUUCGGCUGGCGCAACGAGAGGGAACCGACUCCAUGAGACUGACAGCACGACUGACAAAGUUGCUCGAUGAAGGGAUAGAGCAUAAGAGAGCAUUACUGAAAGAUAUCGCUUCAAUCGGAGAACUAGACGGAUACUCGGGCUGGAGGCUAAAAGAAGCAGCAGAUUUGUCAGAUUUGGUGCAAAGAAGACUCUAUUACCUUCAGAACCCAGCGGACUGCAAUACUGCAAAAAAGCUUGUCUGUAAUUUAAACAAGGGUUGUGGCUACGGAUGCCAGCUACACCAUGCUGUUUACUGUCUACUAGUGGCAUACGGCACCCAGCGCACUAUGAUACUCAAGUCUAAAGGAUGGAGGUACCAUCGUAACGGAUGGGAAGAGGUGUUUAAGCCUGUGAGUGAUACGUGUAUGGAGACUACUGGAGCUACCUCUACCAGCAACUGGCCAGGCACAUCAUCCACUCAGGUAGUUGUUUUGCCGAUCAUAGACUCCAUCUCUCCUCGGCCGCCCUAUCUACCGUUGGCCGUUCCCCAGGAUCUAGCACCUCGCAUUGCUCGUCUCCACGGGGAUCCAAUCGUGUGGUGGGUCGGACAGCUGCUCAAGUAUCUUCUACGUCCACAACCUAACCUGGCUAACUUCCUGCGCACAGCCGCCGAGCGCUUCGACUUCCAGAAACCCAUUGUUGGAGUUCACAUCCGGCGCACUGACAAGGUCGGCACUGAAGCUGCUUUUCAUCCUGUGGAGGAAUACAUGCUGGCCGUUGAAGAGUAUUACCAACAGCUCAGCAUGACGAAGAACGUUGACGUCAAAAGAAUCUACCUGGCCUCAGAUGAUCCCAAGGUCUUCUCGGAGAUCAAGAAAAAGUACCCGGACUAUGAGGUUUUGGGGGAUCCGGCUGUAGCCAAGGGGGCUGCUGUCGCCACUAGGUAUUCUGACUCAUCACUCAACGGCAUCGUCAUGGACAUCCACUUCCUAUCUCUCAGCGACCACCUGGUCUGCACGUUCUCCUCACAAGUGUGUCGUGUGGCCUAUGAGAUCAUGCAGACUCUCUACCCAGAUGCUGCAGACAGAUUUCGUUCCCUUGACGACAUUUAUUAUUUUGGAGGUCAACAAAUACACAGGCGGAAGGCUAUUCUGGACCACAAGUCUCGAGGCCUAGACCAGAUGGAUCUCAACGUAGGAGAGAUGGUGGGGGUCGCAGGUAACCACUGGGACGGGUACAGUAAAGGACGCAACCUGCGCACCAAUCAGAUUGGUCUUUACCCUUCCUUUAAGGUGGAAGACGUCGUAGAAGCAGUUGAGUUUCCGACGUACCCUCAAGUUCCUAUAGACCUUCAGAGUGGCACCUGAAUGUCUCGGAAGACUACAUCUUCUCGUUAGUAUAUAAUGUGUGAUAGGCCUAUGGGAUCACAACGUGGUCAAGAUUUGUAAGUUUUACGAUUCUUAUUUCAAGGCAGUGUGUGAAAGAUUAAUUUUCAAAUAUAUUUCAAUAAUUAAUUGGUCAGUAAAAUUGUAGAUUUUGGUAUCUUAAAAAGAGGGUAUCGGUAUCUAAGAGUUUCUUAUCAUAUGAUAAUAGUUAUGAAGAGUUGAGGUUAAAGUGCAGUACAAUUUUUGAAUAGACGUGAAAAAAGACAAUCUGUUGAGUUAUUAGUUAUUAUUGGACAAUCUGAUUUUCCAGAGUUUUUUUUUAAUGGUUCAAAGAGUUCAUCCCCACUCGUAGGAGUGAAUAGGUUAGUUUCUACACAUGGAAAGUGCAAACAAUUGGCACAGAUUGGGUAGCUAGGUUUUUUAAGUAGGCUUAUAAUUUUGUAAGCAAAAAGUAUUAGGCCUACAUUAUUUGGUAAACAUGACAACCAUCUAAGUCUUUCACACACUGUCUGACGUAGUCUGUCUGGAUUUUCAAUCAAAAUAUGAUCAAAUGUAGAAAUAGUGGUAGUCAGUUAAAAUUUCUCUACAUUCCUAUUAAUUUGUAUGGGUUUAUAAACCACAAAUAGAAAAUAAUAAUGGGUAAAACAAAUGUACAUAUAAAACCGAACUAUUCUACAGUUCUGAUUAGUCAGUUGAUAUGAUACACAUAUAAAAUAAAAUUCAACGUAUAGAGUAUAGACUUACUAUCAAACUGAAUUGGUUCAAUGAAGACUAACUGAAAUUGGUACAGUAUCUCACAAUUCUAUUGGAAUGAAAGACAUAAUUAGAACCCACACACCAGGUAUUUUAUUUGUUUUUUAUACUUUUUGUUUUACUUUGUGUUCUGUAGUUAGCACUGGUAUGUUCUAAAUCAUUAAAUUAAUGAAAUUAUGUAAAUGGAUGAACUAAAAAUUGUUUGCAUUUAUUGAUAUCAUUCAGUAAUCUAGAAAUUAAUUUAAGUAGUGAAUGAAUUCCAAUACUCAUUGAGUACAGAUAUACCCAGAAACUACCACUAUAUACAAAAGAUUUUGCUCACUGUAGGAUGUUUAAUAUCAUUUUGGCUUUUGUUUCAUUGAUUUGCAAUGUAGAUUUUCAAAUCUACAUUGUAAACUAUUUUAACUAUUUUGGACGUUUAAGUAUGAUCUAUUCCACCAUAGCCGGCUGUUAUUUUGUGUUGUUAUAGGUUUAUUUGUAGUGUUAAUAGUUUACUUAAUAUAUUCCCAUGAAAUAUAAAUGAUAUAUGUUGUUGAUUUAUGUUGGUAGUAAUGAGUAACUGCUUUCUUAGUAUGAAUUUAUUUGUAAUUUACAAAUCAUUGUUAUAAAAGUACUGGUAGUCCAUUGAUUUUCUUGAUACUUUACUAAUAUUUUCUAAAACUUUAGUUAUUGUAUGUUAUAUGUAGGGAUGGUCAAGUCUCGAAUUUUCGGGAAAAUUUAAAUCUCGUUACACGAGACGAGAUUUCUUUUUGACCGAGAUUUUAAUCGAGACGAGAAUAAAAAAAAAUAAAUAAAAACACCUGCAGAAAGUCAAUGCAAUACCCGCAAUACAGGAGCGUGUUGUAGUUGCGUUUCCUUUGCGAAGGCGUUCUUAUUUAAUUAAUUCUUUAAAUGUAAAUAUUACUUUAAUUAUCUUAAUAAUAUUACUUUAAUAACAUUUGAGAAGUUUUGUUGAGUGUAAGCAGUGUGAGGAAUGUUUUAUUACUAUAAAAAGUCAAACAAAGUAACUAUUUUAUAAAAAUUAAUAUUGCUUUUAUUUUAUGAUUUAUUUAAUUUUAGGAUAAGUUGAACUCUAUCCUAACUGAUAUCACUAUGUUUCCUAAUCGUAGGCAUUUUUAAUAAGUUAGACGUGAUUCAUAAAAAAAUGUUAUGCUGAUGUUUUUAAUAAAAGAUUGUAAAUAUUCUUGCCUAUUAAUUAUCAUUAUUUUUGUAUUUAAACAGUCAUCUAACAAUGUUACAAAAUCAGGUAAAAAUUGUGAACGUGCAUUUCCCUUUGUGUAUGAGAAGGGAAAUCCCGUCUCGAUCUCGUCUCGAAAUUUUAUGAGAAAUAAAAAAUCUGGUCUCGUCUCGAACUAAAAAUCCAAUCUCGUCCAUCCCUAGUUAUAUGUUGUAUUAUGUAUAAGUUUUCUCUAUAUAGGUAUUUUGCCUUACGCUCAUUCUUUAUUAUCUUUCUUUAUUGAUAUUAGGCUAACUAUCUUUAAUUGAUCUCUUUAUUGGAACAAUAGGCCUACUAUGAGUAAAACUAUCUGCUUGGAACGUAGAAAAAGGAAUAAGUUACUUUCUUUUCAUCCCUUUGCCAAAAAAAAUGUUUGAAUAGGUUGUCUGAAAAAUAAAAUUUUACUUUAGGAUAAGAAGUCUAUGUUUGAACUCAGCAAGACUUCAGAUACAUCACAAUUGCUGUCUUUUCAUCUCUUGACACCUUAGGUCAAUUGAUUCAUAUUGAUUGUUGCUGGUUCCUUUAUCUACUUUGCCAAUCAAUACUAUGAUUUGAAUGUCAUUAUAGCUUAUGUUUGUGUUGAGAACACUAGGAUCUGAUUUAAUUGUAGUAACUAAGGUACUAAAAAUAGAAUCUCUGUCAAAUAUAGUUAUUAGUUAUGAGGUGUAGCGUGAUUAUAAAAUAAUCUACCGAUAAUAAGCGUGUGUAUGUGUAAAUAUUAAUAGUCCAUUAUGAAUAUUUUGGACUGAACAAUUCUGAUAGAAGUAUUUUUAUAGCACAGAAAAAUGAAUGUAAUUAUAUUAGUUUUGCAUUUAAGUCACUAUUGUACUUUUUUUAAUCGGAGAUAUUAAUUAGCAUCGUAUGACAAAAUAAUAGUAUAACUACCUGUUCAUUGUUAGAAAUAUUAAUACUAUAUAUUUAGGAAUACAAAUUGACCUAAAUUAUGAAUAAAACUUUAGAGGUGCAAUCUCUUGUAAAAACAAAUGACAAUUUUCUGUAUAAAAUAUUGUUUUAGUAGUCCCAAUCAUAACUAAUAUACUUUUAAAAGCUCAAGAACAAAGUUCAUUUUCCCAAUUUUCCUGUAUGUAGUGAGUAGUGUUAUGAAAUUGUGAGAAAUUUAUAGUCUUUUAUUUAAUAAAGAUUAAAGAAUAAAUAAGUAAAUA